CACGGAUACGGCACUCAGCAGUAUCCCAACGGCGACGUGUACAUCGGAAAAUUCGAGAAGGGAGUAAAAUCUGGACGAGGGAGUUAUGCAUUCUACGACGGAUCCGACUACGCUGGCGAAUGGAUGGACGGACGGAGAUACGGACGCGGUACGAUGCGCUAUUCCGACGGUUCUCGGUAUUCCGGUGAUUGGGAGAACGAUUUGAAGCACGGCUGGGGCAAGUAUGAAUUCGCAAAUGGCGACAUAUACGAAGGAUUGUUUGAGAAAGAUCGCAUGCACGGAUAUUGCGGGAUCUACAGCUUCGCAAAGCCGAGCUACCUCUACUACGUCGGCCCGUUUAAAGAUAACAAAAUACAUUGGAAGGACUGCGUC